AUGUUGAAUCAUAUCCUUGCCCUAAGCAGACAGCCUUCUCGGCGUGCUCUGAGCACCAUAUCGCAAACAAAAAUCAAAACCUUACCUAGCGGGAUCAAGCUGGUGGUAGACGAGACUCCCAGUCAUUUCAGUGCUGUGGGACUAUAUGUUAAUGCCGGCUCCAGAUUCGAAGAUAGAUAUGAUUUAACAGGGUGUUCGCACCUGAUGGAUAAAAUGGCAUAUAGAAGCACUACUGAAAUGUCUGGAGCGGAAAUGGUGGAGAAACUAAAUCACUUGGGCGGCAACUAUAUGUGUGCGUCAUCAAGAGAGACUCUUAUUUAUCAAGCAAGCGUAUUCAACCAAGAUGUGGACAAAAUGUUCAAGCUCUUGAGUGAUACAAUUGCCAGACCAGCAUUGCUAGACGAGGAGAUAAACGAGCAAAUUAGCAACGCGCGGUAUGAACUGAAUGAGCUGUGGCUUCAAAGCGACAUGAUAUUGCCAGAACUCCUUCAACAGACAGCAUACAGCGGCAAAAACUUGGGUUGUCCUCUACUCUGCCCCCAGGAGGAGCUGGACAAGGUGACAUCGGCCAAAUUGCGCCAAUAUAGAGACUUGUUCUAUAGACCUGAUCGACUGGUGGUGGCUAUGAGCGGUGUACCUUUUGAAAAAGCCGAGGAACUUACAUUGAAAAACCUCGAAGAUUUCAAAGCCAGAAAUAGCACAGAGAUUAUCAAGGACCCAGCAGUGUAUACAGGGGGAGAGUUCUCGACUCCUUACCCUGAAGAGCUUGCUUACAUGGGUCAGGAAUUCCAUCAUAUCCACGUUGGCUUCGAAGGUGUGCCCAUUCAAGACGAAGAGGUCUACAAGCUUGCUACCUUGCAAAUGCUCAUCGGUGGAGGUGGCUCAUUUUCUGCUGGUGGUCCUGGAAAAGGAAUGUACUCUAGAGCAUACACGCGAAUCUUGAACCAGUAUGGAUUUGUGGAGUCGUGCAAAUCUUUCAUUCACAACUUCAGUGACAGUGGAUUGUUCGGCAUCUCUUUGAGUUGCAUUCCACAGGCGAACCGUGUGAUGGGCGAGCUGAUUGGAUUUGAGCUCUCGCUCUUAAUGGAGGAUAAUGUCAGAAAUGGCGGAAUCACAGAUAGUGAGGUCGAACGAUCCAAGAAUCAGCUGAAGUCGUCCUUGAUGAUGAAUUUAGAAAGUAAGAUGGUCCAAUUGGAAGACAUGGGUCGUCAAGUCCAGAUCUACGGUAAACGGGUCGACGUACUCGAGAUGUGCGAAAAGAUUGAUAGAAUCACCAGACAUGACCUUAUAGAUAUUGCAAAGAGGGUGCUUACCGGAAGCAAGCCAACCAUUGUUAUCCAAGGCGAUAGAGACUCUUUUGGAGAUGUUGCUGAGACUCUGGCCAAGUCCGGUUUGGGAACCGAUAAGAAAACAAAGAAGGGUUGGUUCGUGUAA